AUAUAACAAAGUAUGGUAAUUGUUCAGUUUACGUUCGUAAAAUCUAAACGUAUUGUUGACAAUAUUGAUAACUUUGAUUUUAGUUUUAGUUGUUUUUUCUCAGUUCCAGUUUAUUUUAUAUCUUUUUUGAGGCGUAGUUUUAGCUGCAAGUCUGUUUUAUGAAGGGAAAGAAGAAAGCAGUAAGAAAUGAUAGCUAGAUAACCAGUCAGAAAUAUAGAUUUAUGUGUGAGAGAUACAGAUAGAUAGUUUUAAAAGUCGAGUAAAUAGUCAUUUUCUUCAAGCGAAGCUAGAAAUCAGUUGUAUAUAACAGAAUAAGAUGAUGAAGGGUGACAAGGAUGAGUAAAGUAUUAGAUAAUAUAUAUACUUCAGUGUAUUUAGUUAUGUUCCUUCACCUUUCUGUACGAACGUAAACUAAACAAUUACCCAAAGUAUAAACAAUAAUACUUUGUAGAUUUUAUCCUGCUCUAUCGCAGUUUUGUAAUGAAAUUUUUCCUGAACUAGGAGCAAGGCCAGAUUUUAUCGGUGAUGAAUCAGAUUUAUUGACUAAACUGUUGAUAAUUAUUUAUUGCAUAUAAUAGAAGGAAAAGUGAAAUUAAUCGCAGCCAAAAUUGAACUAUGAGCACGGAAGCACGUAAUCAGGGUUUAUUAGCAUUACUUCGUAAACUGAAAUCUCAGCCUGACAAGGAUGUACGAUUAUUGUUAUUAGGACUUGACAAUGCUGGUAAAACUACACUUUUGAAAAAACUUGCUUCAGAAGAUAUUAGCCACAUAACACCAACUCAGGGCUUUAAUAUAAAAACCGUGCAAUCUGAAGGUUUCCGCUUGAAUGUCUGGGACAUUGGUGGGCAGCGAAAGAUUCGUCCAUACUGGAAGAACUAUUUUGAAAAUACAGAUGUCUUGAUAUAUGUUAUUGAUAGUUCAGACAAAAAACGUUUUGAAGAAACUGGUGAGGAGCUGUUUGAAUUAAUGGAGGAGGAGAAGUUGAAUGGUGUGCCACUGUUAGUGUUUGCCAACAAACAGGAUCUUCUGAAUGCAGCAGAAGCCUCACAAAUAGCUAAUGGUCUCAAUUUACAUGCUCUUCGAGAUCGCAAAUGGCAAAUCUGUCCUUGUUCUGCGAUGACUGGAGAGGGAAUUGAUGUUGGUGUAUCAUGGAUGUUGAAAAGUUUACCAAAAAAGAAAUAAAACCAAAAAGUGUAUUAUAUAUGUAUUCACUAAUCGAGUAAGUACACCAAACAUGAGAAAUAUCGAUGCUGUCAUUUUCUUUUUUGUACCAUUGUAAAAUGUCAAUCAUUUUACAGACCUCACAACCUAUGGACUUGUAACCAUAUACACAUCAUUAGUGAUAAAGUUUGUACAAUAUUGCCCUUUUUGCUCCACAGAUAAUUGCCAACUAUUCUAGUUAUCUUGAUCUGUGGAUUAGUUUGAUUUGAAUGAAUAAAGUGCAUUAUCUUAAAAUACCAAAUCUGAAAUCAGAUUGCAUGUACUUCAGUAUUACAAUUGACAUCUUGUGGUACUAAAUGUGUUGAACUAACAGUAGACCACUAAUAUUAUUUUGUCAUACAAAAUACCAUGCUCAGCUAAAAAUAAUUUGUCUUGGUUUUAUUGAAAUGUAUAAGUUUCUGUUAAUCUCAGAAUGUCUCAGAAUGCCUGUCUUCAAAUAAAAAUAUCUUUGUUUUUAUAUUGCAAAAUUAUAAUUCAUUUAUUUUAAAUAUUUGAAUUAUAAUUUAAAAAGAAAAAGAAGAUACAUGUAAAGCUGAGAUUUGUUAAUGCAUUUAUUUACAAACAUUUCAUAUUGUAUUAAAUAAGAAUUCAAAUCUUAUACAUUGAUUUCUAAAUCUUUUCAUCAUUUCACACAUAAAAAAUCUAGUUUCUAUGAGAAAAAACAUUGUUUAGUAUGAAAUAAUCCACUUGUUUUAUUGUAAAUAAAUAUUAAAUAAAAAAUCUUUUCACAAAAAACAGCAAGUCAAGACAUUUAUUUUUCAUCUUUGUAAAAGUUUAAAUGUGAAAUUAUUUUAAGAAUAAAGAAAAUAUUCAACAGUGAGAUAUUGAUAUGAUUCUCUAAAUGACUCAUUCAUGGUUAAAACUGUUGAAGGAAAGGUAAUAAUAGCUGACAUUUAUGUUGUUUACUAUUCGUGUAGUUUCGUUAAUCAGGAAAAAAUCAUGUGAAACUAACCACUAAUAAAAUUUGUGCACUUUACCAUAUUAAAGUCAUUGUUAGAUAUUUUAAAUUGUUUUUACAUAACUUAGUGGCAAACCUCAAAGACCAUAUUUUUUUAACACAUCUGUAAAUGUUUUAAUAUGGACUGAACUUUACAUUUGUAACGAAAAGCUCGUAAUUCAAUCUUAGUUCAAGCAAUUGUAGUUGUACUACAUCUGCAUGACUCCUGUGGAAGAAUUAUAAAAAGAAAAAAUAUGAAGAUAAUUUCUUAAACCAAAUAUAUCCUUUAUCAUAAAUUUCAUAUAAACCUGAUCAAGUCUCACAUUUUCUUGUCUAGUUUUAAAAACUAUAUGGUUCCCCAUUCUACAUCAAGUCUGACAAUGACUACAAUAAAGGUAGAAAUUGCCAUCAUGCAAUUCCUGAUAAUUUUCUCAGUAAUAUGAGUUUUAAACCUAAAUUUCUAAACAGCAUGAUUAAAUGAUAUGUUGUAUACCAAAUGCAUUCAUCAUUUGCUAUAAGGCAACAACCAAAAAAGACAGUAAUAGAAAAUUGCCUGUUAUGUUGCCAGAUUGGUGUCCCAAUAACUGUAGACAUUCUAUCAUGUCAGCCUAAAAACAUUCUACUCAAUGAAAUUCCUGAGUUGUUACUAAACAAACCAAACUUAAUUUCCACUGAAAACUGGAGUAUAUUUACAAUGGACUGACACCAAGACAUGAAAUUAUUACUAAGUUCUUUCUAAACAUUACAAGUUUUCAACAAUGGAAA